AUGGAAGACCAGGAAGAAAUUGAGGCUCCCAGUGCCGGUGAAAGUCUAAGUGCAUCCAUCUCAUCGAUUGAGCCAAUAGCGCCAACGAACGAUAGUGAAGGCGCAGUGGAGGAUGUUUCUCUCAACAAUGAUGAAGAACAGCUUCAUACAGAAGAUCCUAUACUAGCAAAGUACCGGGAAGCAUGUCAGACAGGAGAUCUUACAACAGUUCGGUCUUUGAUAGAAUCUGGUGUGGUAGAUCCAAGUCACGAUUAUAGCGACGAAGAAAGAGUUACCGGUCUCCAUUGGGCUUGUAUCAAUAAUAGGCUGGGAGUGGUGCGAUAUUUGGUGGAAAAUGGUGUUGACAUCAAUUUUGCAGGUGGGAAACUAGAUGCAACACCUUUACAUUGGGCUGCCAGGUACGGAUAUGUUUACAUCGUGCAUUACCUGCUGGAAAAAGGAGCCGACCCAAAGCUCCUUGACAAGCAGGGCUUUAAUGUUGUGCAUCUAUCAAUCAACUCAUCCAAUGUGAUGCUUGUUCUUUAUUGCUUACUUUUUAUUGUCGGUGAUGACAUUAGCAUCGACACUUUGGACCCCAGCCGCAGAACUCCACUAUUAUGGGCCGCAUACCAGGGCGAUUCUUUCUCUGUCAAAGCGCUGCUCGAAUUUAAGGCGGAUUCAUCUAUCAUCGACUCCGGUGGCUUCUCCCCUUUACACUGGGCUACAGUCAAAGGACAACCUCAAGUAAUCAAAGCUUUGAUUGCUGAUGGCGCUGACUGUCACCAAAAGACCAAUGAUGGCAAAGACUGUUUCAUAAUUUCCAAGGAGCUUAACACAGUAGACAGCCUCUCUCUGGCCUUGCUAGAGAAUGGAUAUGAAUCCGACGGCACUCCGAUGGUAAGGUAUUUAUGGAGCUCGCAAAAUGCCAAACUUAUCACUUUCAUUGCACCUUUUGUACUACUGGGUGUCGUUUUCCAGCUAUUUACAUCACUGCAUUAUCUGCCGGCUUUAUUGUUGUCUGCAUUCACAGGCGUUGGAACUAUUUUGGGUUUGAAAAAGAUGGUGUUUCCAUCAUACAUCACAGAAAUAAACGGAAACAGUUUUUUAAAGACACCAUUUUGGGCUGGCAUACUAUCGGGAAGCAUUGUAUGGGUCAUCUUUGUCUGGCUGUCCAGAGUGGCGGCUAAUACUUUCGAAGAAGACCCGUUCUGGAACGUUUUUUUCUUUCUCUCUGCUAGCGCCUGCCUUGUGUCUUUCCUCAAGUUGCUCUUCUCUGAUCCUGGCAAUAUAUAUAAAGAAGAAGAGCGUGGAAAGAUUCGUGAAACUGUUCAGGAACUUCUUAAGGCUGGUAAGUUUGACACCAGACAUUUUUGCCUUGAAACAUAUGUGCGGAAACCUUUGAGGUCAAAGUAUUCGAGAUUCAGCUCCGCGUUGGUAGCGCGAUUUGACCACUUUUGUCCCUGGGUUUACAAUGAUGUUGGUUUGAAAAACCACAAACUGUUCCUGUUUUUCCUAAUGUUUUUGAUGAUGGGUGCGAUCACCUUUGCCAAACUUUGCUUUGAGUAUUUUGACUAUUUGGAAGACAAUUCCAAGACAGAUUUCAAAUGCGGAAUUUUUGACGAUGAAGUGUGCGCUGGACUAGAGCUUGACCGUUUUGCGUUUCUUGUUAUGGUAUGGGCAUCUUUGCAAGUCCUAUGGGUGACCUGCGUUCUGACCACGCAGAUGUUCCAAACUUUCAAGGGUAUAACCAACUACGAGCUCAGUGAAAAGUCGCGGAAACUGCACGGGCGCAACGACUCGAUGGAGUAUUUUGUGACUACGCCUACUGAUCUGAUGGAUGAGGAAGAGCUGAAUUCACUGAAUCAACCAGCUGCUGAUGUCAAUGACGUUAGACUGAUGAAGUCGCGCACAUGUUUGGGUACCUUCUGUGGGUUCAUUGGUGUGGAUCAGCUUCCUAUCAUAUUUUCCGGUCUACUUAGACGUCGAAAUGGAGUUUCUCCAGCAACGACGAAAAAGUUUCCAACUGAUAACGGAUGGAAGACCAAUUUUAAAGAUUUUUGGCUUUUGAGCGAUCGCAGUGCUCCGCUCUGGCAACGAUUCUUCUUCUCUCCUCGCGACUUCAGAGCACUCUACAAUAAUACCGAGGUUGACUACAAAACUCUCUACGCACUACCAGAAGCCACACUACCGCUUGAAGAGAUGGUUUAG